AUGCGUUGUGGGCAAUUCUUAUCCGGGCUGGCUGCCAUCGCCAACGUCUUUCUGCCGGACGUUGCUGCACAGAGUACGAUGAAAGGUCCUUGCCAACUGCUCGCCGAGUACCAGAGUAGUGCCAUUGCUCAGAGUCAGAGUCAAUCGCCCUACCCGGGCGAUAUACGAUUUAUCAGGCUUGACGCUGAGAUGGCAUAUAAUUGCAGCACAUCUGUACGGCUUGUACCAGAGCAUGCGUUGGGGACAAUCGAUUAUCUAAGGAACUACUCCAACUUCGACACCACACUGUCUUUCCUCAAGAAGACGCCGCCAUCGUAUCAAAAGCCCGGCGUCGACAUCAUGGGCCGCCUUGACCAGAUUUCCGAUAAGAUUAGGAAUGGAGAAUACAAAAGUUACGCAGAAUUUGAAACAGAUAUCUGGGCUAUCACUUCGGAGUCGAGCGAAGGCCAUUUCGGUAUUAAUCUUCAGCUACUCAGCUUAUUCUCCUGGUUUCUAAACGACACCAUUGUUUCUCUCUCUAGAGAUGGUAAAGAGUUACCUCAAAUCUAUGCACGUUCCGACAUUGAGAGCCUAAUGUCAAACCCUUCGCCAAUUGUUGAACUCGGUGGGAAACCUGUCUUCGAAUAUCUCCGCAGCUACAUCGAACGAAAUACUAAGAGCGGUUUCAUUGAACCCCACGCCGACUGGAACGCGAUGGUCUACAACGGCCCCUAUGUUUUUGCCUCAUUCGGCAUUGAUGUCCAACAGUCAUGGGCCUUUUCAAAUUUCCAACGGACAAAUAUUUACAAUGGAAAGACUCUCCAGGUAAGAUUCGCAAAUGGAAGCGAUGUCGAAUGGUUAUACAGUGCGGGUUCAGGAGCCAAUCUGCUUGCCAACAACCUGACGAGCCCUGGAAAUAUAUACUAUGGGAGAAUUGCAAAUCCGGGAAUCUCUUCGGGAAUCAACACAAGAUCUGACGAACUCAUCGACCGCGACAGAUUGGAGCCGGUAGCUCUGGGCGAACGCCAACAGCAAAAUAACCCCCGACCAAAGCCUCUCCCUAGCGUGCCCCUGUUCAACUACCCCCGGAAUCCUGACGUCCUCGAGGUGGACUUCGGAGUAGGGGGGGUUGUUUCCGGUUACAUUCUUCACGACGAUUCUAUUGGUGUUCUCAGUUUGCCCAGUUAUAAUCCUGGAGAGCCAGCUACAGGGACUACUGCCCUGAACUAUACCAAUGCCGUGAUUGAAUUUAUCACCAAAGCGAAGGAAAGCAGGGUGAAGAAGAUUGUCAUUGAUCUUUCAGGAAACGGAGGUGGCAGUAUUUUCCUCGGCUAUACCAUCUUCAAGCUCUUCUUCCCAUCUAUCAAGCCCUCGCUGCUUGGGCGUGUUCGAGCCACCCCUCACAUAAACACUAUUGGCUCAAUCCUGACUGGAGUCCUACAAGAUAGAGCCCUUCCAAGUAGCGACUGGCAGUAUAUUUAUGACACGUAUGGCGGAAGAAUCGGCCUCUCCGCCUACGACAUCUUGGACCCGGAUGACCGUGAAUUCGAGUCAUGGGGUGCCUUUUUUGGGCCACGCGAGAACAAUGACGAUAGUUUUACAAACGGAGCUCGAUAUAAUUUGUCGAGCCCCCUGAUGGAAACAAAACCCUACCUCGAUUUCGCGAUUCCGGGCUAUGGCGCGGAUAUCAUCUGGCCCCAAUCCGAGCUGUGGGCGGCUGAAGACAUCAUCCUCCUCCACGACGGUAUCUGCGCCAGCACAUGUGCCAUCUUCUCGGAGCUCAUGAAGACAGACGCAGGUGUCAAGUCCGUCGCCGUUGGUGGCAUCCCCCAAUAUGGACCCAUGCAAGGCGUUUCCGGCACCAGGGGGAGUAGUGCGCUGAAGUUCGAGUACUAUAGCGACUUAAUGGAGGACUUCAACAAUACGGUAUUGAACAGCCUCGGAAACCUGGCUUCCGCCUCGUUGAGUAGAUGGGGUGUCUCGGUGGAUGACUUCCAAGCCCUGCCACUACCAAUCAGCAAUUCACCUCUCCGCAUCGAGGGCGGCGUCAAUGCCCUUGACAUGAUCCGUGUUUCUAGUCCGGACGCGCCCCUUCAAUUCACGUACCAAGCCUCCGACUGCCGCCUGUUCCAUACUUUCGACACAGCCCAUGACAUCAGAGUGCUGUGGCGCACCGCAGCCAGAGUGGCCGGUGGUGACAUGUCGGCUUGUGUCCCUGGCUCUACCAACGCUCCCGGCUCCAGGAGUAACGUCACUCUCUUGAGUGACCCGGGUUAUUCCUACAACUCAACGUGGGAGCGAGCCAACUCGACAGAUGUGCCCAAGAAUAAGGGAGUUAAUGGAAGCGGCUCAGGUGCUCCUCAGUUGUCUGUCGGAAUCGCUGGCCUCUUGGCUGUUGCUUUUGCUUUUGUUCUUGCCUUUUGA